GAAAAUCUUGAGAGUUAGGAACUAAACAGGAAGGGAAGGGAAUGAAAACUGGUAGUCAGAUCAGACCCCACUUAUGCGGUUUCCUCUAUCUUUUCUCUCAAGUCUCCUUUUCUUUCUCUUUCUCAACUUGUUUCCCUCUCUCAUUUUACCCUUUCAAACACUUCAAAAACCAGCAAUAUCUAUAUAUUAUACACACACACACAUACCCUUUUCUUCAUGGCAUUUGUUAUAUUCACAUCUUUGCAGUGUCAUUCUUUUUGUUUCAUAUAAUAUAGUAAAGGUCCUGUCUUUGAUUCAAUGGAGACUGGAUUGGAGAAGAACCAUCAAGGAGGAGGAGGGCUGAAGAGACUGAGAUGUUCAGUUCAAAACUAUGAUUGGGGCAAAAAAGGGACAGAGGGGUCUGAGGUUGCAAGGCUAUAUGAAUUGAAUUCUGGGUCUGAUCUAGAAUUGGAAAAGAAGAAGCCUUUUGCUGAGUUUUGGAUGGGUACACAUGGUUCUGGGCCUUCUUUUGUGGUGGAAAGUGGUGUGGAGAAUGGCGACUCAAUUGGGUCCGGGAGUAUGGGUUUGAAAGAAUGGAUUCUUAAGAAUCCUAAUGUGCUUGGUGAUAGAGUUUUGGAUAAGUGGGGUUGUGAUCUCCCUUUCUUGUUCAAGGUACUUUCUGUGGCAAAAGCAUUGUCGAUUCAGGCUCACCCAGACAAGGAAUUGGCAAAAGUUCUACACAAGUUGCAGCCAAAUCGUUAUAAGGAUGACAAUCAUAAGCCCGAGAUGGCUUUAGCCAUAACAGAGUUUGAGGCCCUCUGUGGUUUUAUCAGUAUUGAGGAGCUUAAAGGUGUGCUUCGAGAUGUUCCUGAGAUAGUAGAACUGGUUGGCAGUGCGGAAGCAAACCAAGUAUUGCAAAUCCAUGAGCAAGAUCAUGAGGAAAAAGUAAAAUCUGUUCUGAGAUCAGCUUUUACCCAACUCAUGUCAGCGAGCCAAGAGAUCACGGCUGAAGCAAUAUCAAAAUUAAAAAGUAGAUUGUAUAUGGAAAGCAAGAUAAGACAGUUGACAGGAAAGGAACAGUUGGUCUUGCAGUUAGAAAAGCAAUAUCCAGCUGAUAUUGGUGUCAUAUCAGCCUUCUUUCUUAAUUAUGUGAAGCUCAAUUCUGGUGAAGCUUUGUAUCUCGGGGCAAAUGAACCCCAUGCAUAUCUAUACGGUGAGUGUAUAGAAUGCAUGGCAACCUCAGACAAUGUUGUGCGGGCUGGUCUUACACCCAAGCUCCGGGAUAUUCAAACUCUUUGUUCCAUGCUCACAUACAAACAGGGCUUCCCUGAAAUCUUAAAAGGAUUUCCUUUGAGUCCAUAUAUAACAAGAUACCUUCCACCUUUUGAUGAAUUUGAGGUUGAUCGCUGCAUUCUUCCAAGAGGGGCAUCAACAGUAUUUCCCGCGAUUCCAGGUCCAUCCAUUUUUCUUGUCAUGGUUGGCGACGGUGCAAUGUGCACUGGAUCAUCCAAAGAUGUAGUUAUGGAGGGAGAUGUCCUCUUUGCACCUGCCAACUCUGAAAUCAGCGUAUCAACUGCAUCUGAGUUGCAUCUGUAUAGGGCAGGAGUGAAUAGCAGAUUCUUUCAAACCUUGAGGUGGUAGACACUGCAGCUUUCAGUUUUAGGAUUGAUUCAGUUCUCAUGCCUUGUACUAUUUAUUUUCAAGAUUAUAUUUAUAUGUAUUAUAUUAUAUGUAAUAUGAUAUCCGAACUUAGCAUGUAAAUGCAACAAACGUAUAGUGAAAGUUAUAGUAUCAUAAUCACAUAUACUAUUUUCAAUUUGUUCA